AUGGCAACCAGCAAUCAACGACUGAGAAUGAGUUCCAGAAUAGAAUUCACCGCUAGCAACGACGGUGGCUGCCAGCGGGUCGAGUCAGACGUCGAAAAAGUCAUGACCAUUGAAUUAUCAACUACAUUCUGGUCUGUUGACAUUAAGUUUCUGUGCGAAUUACAAGCGAUCGACGAUGUAGAUAACAAUGACUGCAGAUGUGGAUGGAAAAAACCGACAAAAAUAGUAGGAGGUAUGGAAACUGGUGUGAACGAAUACCCCAUGAUGGCUGGUCUGGUCGAUUUUUCCCGAAGGGAUGUAUAUUGCGGAGCAACUAUCAUAUCCGAAAAAUAUGUAUUAACUGCAGCACAUUGUUUGACCGAUAGAGAUACAAGUAAUAUGGGCAUACUUGUGGGAGAUCAUGAUCUCAGCACGGGUGCAGAUACAAAUGCCUCACGUAUUCUCACUAUAUCCAGAUUUGACAUACAUCCUUUUUAUAACAGCGAAUCCUUAGAAAAUGACAUAGCUAUAGUAAUGGUGAAUUCUGUUAUAAAUUUCAGUGAGGAAGUCGGACCAGUUUGUCUUCCGUUUCAACAUCAGUCCGAUUCUUUCGCAGGAAGUUAUGUGGAUUUAUUAGGCGAGACAAUUAUUAUAAUAGCAAUUAUUAUUUAA